AUGUCUGCCCUUGAUUUGCCUGUUCCAGAAGUUCCAAAAACCCCAGAACUUGUUCCAGUUUUCACUAUCAACCUUAAAUUGGCCAACGACCCAGCUCCAAUUUACCUGUCAGAAAAAACUGACUUAACCUUAAACUUGGCUACUAUCAUUAAUGGUGAUGUUAAAACUGUUCCAAAUAAGUUUGGUCUUGAAUUGGACAUCGAUUCCUUAUAUGGUACCGAUAACUUGAAUGUCAAAAAUUCUGCUAAUACUGCUUACUUGGAUUGUCAAUUGUUUGGUAAGACUCCAAACGGAAGUGGUGUUAGAAUUUACUACCCAGGUAGAGUUCAAUUGACUCAACCAUCUACUGAUGUUUUUGCUAAAAAGAGUCAAGGUGCUACUGUUGAAGAAAGUUAUGUUACUUGUAACCCAACUUUCUUCUUUGACGACAAAGUUGAAGACAAAUUCAGAUGGGUUGAAAAAGAAAACUUGUUUGGUAAGGGUAGAUUUGCUAGAAGCCCAAGCGAUGGUGCUCUCUACGUUCAAUAUUACGUCUACGUAGUUCGUUAA